UCUAUUACAAAUUAUAACAUUUUCAUAUAUAUGUUAUAUUAUGGUUGAUGAAUACCAACAUAUAUAAAUAUUACCUUGAUAGUAGGUUUUAUGUUACAUGUCAAUAUUUUUUAAGUAAUUAAGCUGCAGAAAUGUAUACUGCACUUUCAGACAUAGUAGUCACGAGAUGCCAGUCUAGCUUACUAUAAAUACUUUAUUGCGCAAGGAUGAAUAGGACAAAGAUAUAAAUAAGUAAGUGUAUGGUAGCUUCAUUAUUGAAGCUUUUCUCAUUAGUCUAUGAGUUUGUUGUCAGUUACAAACGGUGAUUUUGUUUCUUAUUACUUGGUACACUUAUUGAAGUGAAGAAUAAGAAACAGUGGAAGACUACAUACAGCUCACAUAGAAUCAUCAUUGCAGUUAUGCAACAUGAUUCACUAAGAAGUGCCUUCUGCUUGCAUUGUCUAUAGAAUAAGAGUUCUGGCACCCAUCUGUCACGUUUAAAACCAACUGUAUACUAUUAAAAUUUGUACCAAAGGUGAUCAAUAUAAUUGUUGCAUUACAAAACAAGAUGCUAACAAUAUAAAACAUGUUUAGUUAGUGGUGAAACAAGUUUUGUACCAUAUUUAUGUAGUAUUCUAACAUUUUCUGUAGUUGAACAUUUCAUUCAUAUAAGUGUAAAAGUGAGCAAUUUUUAAAGUGAGUGUAAUUAUUUAGAUUUUUUACUGCAUUAAGAAAAGUGGAGAUAAACAAUGCAACAGAUGAACAUAAGAUGUGUUUCACUUUUGUGUUCAUUACUGUUCCUAUUAAAAACUGGAGUUCAUGGAGCCACAGUUACAGUAACAGAAAUUCCAGCUGGUCAUUUAGCUGAACUUCCUUGUUUAAGUAGUGAUGACCACCAUCGUUUUAUGUUCUGGCAACUUACAGAUGAUAAUCGUAUUAUUGGCCCUGGGAAUCCAAUGGAUGAAAAUAAAUACAAUUAUGAAGUGUUAACUGGAAAACUGUUUAUAAGAGGUGUGUCAACUGCUGAAUCUGGUUUUUACAAGUGUGUUUCAAAAGGUAUAUCAGAUCAUUCUGCAAUUAAUAUUCACGUGGUUGAAUUGAUUGUCAAAAAAGAUUGGGAAGAUGUUUGGGAAAAUGAUUUCGAGACAAAUUUGUUACGAGGAAUGGCUGCUGUUAUGGUAGUAGUUGUUGGCAUAGCAAUUGUUCUUUUCAUUGUCACAACAAAAAGAAGACGAAAUCGCAGAUUUUUUGAUUUGGAAGAAUCAAGAGAAAAUUCUCCUGCAAAGUAUACACCAAAUGUUAGGGCUGGUCCGGCAGUGCCACCAACAAUAACUGAAGAUGGCGGUAUUGAUAAUGCAGCCCUUGAUAUUGACUUCCCAAAAGUAUUUAAACAAAUGCAAAAGUAAUGAACAACUAUAGGAAAUAUAAAAAAUAAUUUUAUAGAAUAUCAUAUUUAUUACGGGCAAUCGUACUCUUGCGUAAUUUAUACAAAUUUAUUAGAUUCUUAGUUGUAACAUAUAAAGACUCAAUGGAUAUAAUUAUUUCUUAAAUAAGAAACUUCAUCUACCAUUUUU